AUGGCGGACGUUGCGAGUACUGCGCAUACUCUUGUCGAAGAAAAGGACACUGCGCCUUCGACACCCGGAGAAAAGAAAGAAUCUCAAGUGGAACAAGGAGUUGUCGAAGCCGUCAAAGAUGAUGAAAAGACCACGGACACAUACCUACACGGACGAAAGCUCGCGCUUGUACACUCGGGGCUAUUGAUGACCACCUUUCUCGUUGCACUGGAUCAGUCUAUCGUGGCUACAGCUCUUCCAAAACUCGUUUCGCAAUUUAAUGCACUGGAUCAGAUUACAUGGAUUGUGGCUGCCUAUUUCCUCACACAGGCCGGUCUCCUGUUGCUUUAUGGACGCAUACUCCAAAUCGUCUCAUCAAAGUACCUGUUUUUAUUCUGUAUUGUCAUGUUCGAGAUCGGCAGUCUUGGCGCUACAAGGCACGCACUGGCUCCUCUAGUAGAUAUUGCUUCUAAUAUUUCGAUAGGUGUGGGUGGUGGUGGAGGCUUCACGACCGUCAUCACCAUUGUUGCCGAGAUUGCUCAGCUCUCGGUCCGGCCAAUCCUCAUGGCAUCGUUUGGUGCAACCUUUGGUAUUGCAGGCGUUUGUGGACCUAUUAUUGGAGGAGCCUUUACAGAUCACGUCUCGUGGCGAUGGUGUUUCUGGAUUAACCUCCCAUUGGGGGCUUUCAGUGCUGUUGUGGUUGCGGCUUUGCUUCCUCUCCAUCCGCCACUUGGCUCAACUGCAGAGUCGCAAGGGCAAUCCUUGGUCAAGAAGUGGCUGAACCUUGACUGGGUGGGCGCAAUACUCUCUCUUGGCAUGGUCACUACCCUCGUACUCCCACUAGAAUGGGGAGGCGUAACCAGGGCUUGGGAUGACAAGGUCAUCAUCGCUUUACUUGUCACGGCCGGCGUGUUAUUCAUCAUUUUCGGAGUUUGGGAAUACUUCAAAGGCGACAACGCACUCCUCCCGAUGCAUUUAUUGCUCAAUCGCACACAGUUGGCGGGUGGAAUAUUUGCCUUCUUUUUUAUGGGCACUCACUUAAGCGCCAUCUACCAUAUUCCGUUCUAUUACCAGGCAAGAGGUCACUCGGCAUCUCAGUCUGGUGUCGACAUGAUACCCUAUGUGAUUGCAAUGGUCGUCUCAAACCUUGGCACUGGUGGAAUUGUCCGCAAGCUUGGGCGCUAUUGGUACUUUAUGUUCACUGGACCCAUCUUUGCAGCCGUGGGAUCGGGCCUACUCUACACAAUUAACACAACCGAGGCCAAGAAAGUCAUUGGAUAUCAAAUUCUUCUCGGCUUCGGUAUUGGUCAAACCUUUCAGCUCCCAAUCAUGGCCGUACAGGCAGAAUAUGCCAAUCGUCUCGAUAUGAUAUCCACUGCUUCGUCGCUCCAGCUUUUCUUCCAACUCCUAGGUGGCGUGUGUGGGAUUGCGAUCACGGGCAGCAUAUUCAACAACCAGCUUUCCGACGGUCUAUCGGUUUAUCAAGGAGUAAUUCCGACUCAAAUCUUGGACGCCGUCAAGCAAUCGGUGACAGUCGUCUUCUCUCUGCCGACCGAAUUCCAACUACCAAUCAUCGAUGUGUAUGUGUCCGCUCUGCGGACAACAUUCAUCUUUGGUGUUCCGGCAAUGGGAAUCGCACUUAUCUCUGCAAUCUUUGUGCGUAACUGGAACUUGCAUGAGCGAGGCAAGGUAUCGACUGAAAGAAUGGAAACUAAAGAAGUUAAGGCUAAUUAG